AGAUUGAAAGAGCUCCAAAAUAUUAAGAGGGUAAGGUGUACGCUAGAGAAGCCAUGGAAGGGUAUGGUUAUUCGCACCAGAACUACUCCACCUACAAGACAGACGAACCCAAUGGUCCUGCAAUAAGAAAGCCCUUUGUUCCUUUUGUCCCCAACCCCAACCGUGACCCAGACGGCCAUGUGACCAGAAAAAGAGUCGUACCAGUGGCUACCAGGCCAUAUGGUGAUCACUACUACACACAUGGCUCUCCAACGAACGGUUAUUCCAUCAGAGACGACGGUGAUUAUUUGCAGAGGCAAAAAGUCGACGACUCCCUGAUCCACGUCCAUAAUGAAGGUAGUGGUGGCCGAUCCUCUGCACUUGGCAGUCCCGUUCAAAACGACAACUAUUAUAGGCACGGUGGCUAUGAAAACUAUGACACCUACAACGACAAAGAACGACGCAAGCCGAUCGCAAUCUACACUCCGAACGACAACUACCAUAGGCAUCAGCCUGCAGACACCUACAGUCCCUUCGAACCGCACAGAAACUCUGCCGAUGGUUGGUCCAGGCCUGUUUCAGGUUGGACCCCACCACCUAGAAAUGGGACCCAACUGAGCGAGCCAACCAGUGACGUCGGCAAGGCCUUGGGGCUAUUGAAGGAAGCUGCAAAGGUAUCAUCCACCGCCUAUGGUGGGGCCGAUAGGGCGAACCCGUCGAUAUGGGCCGAGCGGCCCGGUAACGGCGGUUAUCAUAAUCGUGAGCCGGGUAAGGUGGAAAAGGCCACGGGGCUGGCAAGGGAAGCUGAGAGGCUCAAGUCUCUGAAGAAUAAGCUCCUAGGUGAGCCAAAGAAGCAGCACAAGCACGAGGAUGACUACUACUACGGAGAACCCGUGGACGCCACGGACGCUGCAAGGCGGAGGGACGAUCAAAGGCGCUAUGGAAACACCAUCGACGACUGGCAGGCUCAGAAGAAGUACAACGGAGCCCGCUUCUGAUGACCAAAUCCGUGCAUGCAGCUAUGAGUUUAUUGAUUAUCACUAAACAUUUAAUACUGCUUGUCACUAUAAACUUCCAGUAAGUUGUCUAGUAUUUCUUGUGUGCAUGUAAUGACCCAGAUCCAGUCUCUUGUAUUUGGAUGUGUACACGAGAAUUUAUUUAAGUUGUCUUAGGUUUAUGUGUUUUUCUUUUUUUUUUUUUUUUUUGAGUGGAAAGGCAAGCCUGAGGCUUGGAGAAAAGUACAAUAAACCAAGUAAUGUUUAAGCUAUCCUCACGCAACAUUGAGUGCAAAUUAGAUAGUAUUACAUAUAGGAAUUCAACUGUUGUAUCAGUCUGAUGACUAUAUUUUGUCAAAUAAUCAACACAUUGCAACACUUCUCGAUAA